AUGCAUCCCUAUCCAGCCCUUGUCGUCGCUUGGCUCUUUUUCACUUUUCUUGCAGACACCCUGGUUGAAGCUGCACGUUAUAAUCGCAAUACCAACAGUGUAUGUUCAUCGCCCAUCGGUUUGACGAGAUCACAGAUCAGCUUGGAAAACUACGAAGCUGGGUUGCCUGGGCCCGGAGACGGUGUUGUUGAACGCUGCGUCGGUGGUCCUGCCUGGUCAGUGUACAACAAGAGUCCUCCUGAGGAAUUCUACCCCUACAACGCCGAAACCACGUUCCAACUCCCCGUCAGCUAUGAUUUACUGUACAUGAUAACUCGCGGCGGUACGAACAUUGGAAGCGUCAACAUCGUCAGCUCAAAUGUCGUCAAAAAUACGGCUGACGUCCUUGUGCACGUCGGUUACUACACACAGCAGGCAUUGGAUUAUGCCAAUGUCUGUCUGCUGAACAAAGGGAUGAAUACUCAAGGUGUCGGCAUUUAUACGCCCGACAAUUGGAUUCCUUCUGAGCAGGAGGGCCGCAUGCACUUUGAUGUCACAGUGACAUUUCCUGCUACUUCGGACGGCAAGCCCCUGCGGAUCAAUAACUUUCGAACCGACUUCGAUCACUAUUCCAUCAAAAUUGACGAUAUUCAGAAGUCGGUUUACUUCAACUUUAUCUUAUUAUCAACUCUUACCGCAGGCAUCAGGUCAGAUUCGAUCUUCGCAUAUACUGGCUCGUUCACGACGACUAGAGCAUUUAUCAGGGGUGCCUUCAAUGUUUCUCAGCUAUCCUUCGGUACAACCUUCGGACCCAUCGACGUUUCCGUCGGCCAUCCUGUUACGGGUUCAGACCUUACAGGACUUCCCUUGGGCGGCAAUAAUAACCCUAUGCAAUCAACCUUUUCCAAUGAUGCUCGGGCUACAGUCGAAUCCUACAGUGCUAGUGCCUACACCAACGAUGGGCCCAUCACCGUUUAUUACACGAACGCCCCAGCCAACUCUGUUCAAAGCUUUGUCGCGCAAACCUCGGGUUCACCCGUCACGGUAUCGAUGAGCAAUGCAUAUGAAGGUAGUUUCAGUCUUGACACCACUGGGGAUAACCCUAUCAGCGUGGCAGAACGUGGUGGAAGGGAUCCUUCAGGACAAGGAAGGGGGCGUAUUGUGAAUGUCAGCGCACCGAGCGGCAUGACUCACAGGGACGGCGAAGCGCAUUGGGAUAUUGUUGGGCCAGGCUGGGCAGGAAGCAGCAUACAAAUCCGAACAGAUAGGGCACCCAUAUGGCUUACCGUCUGAGCUGUCAGAUGCAGGUCAACCCUUCGUCCAUUUGCAAGGUUACUGUCUCGAGGUUCCUAUCUCAAAUUCUUGGUAUCUUUUUCUGUCAUCUUGUUGUACUAUUUUUCGCCCAAAUAUGUUGUAACAGGCCCCACAAAGAAUAAAAGUCAUUUAUUUUA